AUGUUGCCAAAGAUUUAUGCAAUUGUCCCUUGCAUAAAGAACUAUAUAGAGGAAAAACUACUAAGCAGAAGGAUGCAUCCCCUGCUUGAUUGGAACGCAGAUCAAAUUUGGGAAUUUACAUCUUCAUGCAAACAAGAUCGUUAA